GAGGCGCUUUACGGCGACGGUGGCUGAGUGCGAUCCUUGGCUGCCGCGGAGGAGGCGGUGAGGGAGGCGGUGAGGGAGGCGGCGGCGGCGGCGGCUGAGGAGGAAGAGGAGUGGCGGCAGUGGCGGCGGGGACCUGUGCGGGGAUGGCGGAGGUACCGCCUGGGCCUAGCAGCCUCCUCCCUCCGCCGGCACCUCCGGCCUCGGCGGCGGCCGAGCCCUGCUGUCCCUUCCCGGCGGGGGCCGCCGUCGCCUGCUGCAGCGAGGACGAGGAGGACGACGAGGAGCACGAAAGCGGCGGCUGCGGGAGCCCGGCGGGCGGCGAGUCGACGGCCAAGGGGCAUCCGUGCCUCCGCUGCCCUGCGCCGCCGCAGGAACAGCAGCAGCUCAAUGGAUUGAUCAGCCCCGAGCUGCGGCACCUCCGGGCGGCAGCCUCCCUCAAGAGCAAGAUUUUGAGUGCGGCCGAGGCGGCCCCGACCGCGGCAGCCCCCGAUGGGGGCCCCGGAGCGACUGCAAAAGGAGGCGGGGUGCUCUCGGGCGAGAGACCCCCUCACUGCCUCCCCAAUAAUGCAAGAACUACGCUCCCCAGCCCGGCAGAGGCAGAGGCAGCAGCAGCGGCAGCGAGCGAUCCCGCGGCGGCCCGCAAUGGACUGGCGGAGGGCCCCGAGCAGGACGAGGACGACGAGCAGGUGCGGCUGCUGUCUGCAUCCCUGACCGCCGGCUGCAGUUUAAGGAGCCCCUCAGGCAGGGAGGUUGAGCCUGGGGAGGAUCGGACGAUACGUUAUGUCCGAUAUGAAUCCGAGCUACAAAUGCCCGAUAUCAUGAGACUGAUCACCAAAGAUCUGUCUGAACCCUACUCCAUUUAUACCUAUAGAUAUUUUAUCCACAACUGGCCUCAGCUGUGCUUCUUGGCCAUGGUAGGGGAGGAGUGUGUAGGUGCCAUCGUUUGCAAGUUGGAUAUGCACAAAAAGAUGUUCCGCAGAGGUUAUAUAGCCAUGUUAGCUGUGGAUUCCAAAUACAGGAGAAAUGGCAUUGGUACUAACUUGGUUAAGAAAGCUAUAUAUGCCAUGGUUGAAGGAGACUGUGAUGAGGUCGUUUUGGAAACAGAAAUAACAAAUAAGUCUGCUUUGAAACUUUAUGAGAAUCUGGGUUUUGUUCGGGAUAAGAGGCUGUUCAGAUACUAUUUAAAUGGAGUUGAUGCACUGCGACUUAAACUGUGGCUGCGUUGAGAAACUGACAUCAAGGAACAACUUUCCAACCAUGCAGAAUCGACCUUUGCAUGCAAUGCAAUUUGUACAGAAUUGCUUUGCAGGUGGAUUUAGUAAUUUCCAUGCAGCUCUUAUCUGUCAAUGUCUCAUUGAGUGUCGCACAAUAUUUGUUGCACUUUGGCAUGGCGCAUUUGUUCUGAAUUAAAAGAGAUUGUUUUAAACUUAAAAGAGUUCUUUUGGUACCAGCAAGAUGUGCCAGUUGAUCACCAAGAUUUGUUCAUUUGCAAAGUCUGCUGACAAUGUUAUUUACACAGUGAUCAUUUUAUCACAGAACCAGUAAGUGGAAACAAUGAUUUUUGUUCCUUAAAAAAAGCCAAUGUAGAUUGUAAAAAUCUCUAAGUGUACUAACAUUUCACUUGAAACCUGCCAUAGUUUUCUGACGGGGUUGUGGGAAAGCUUCAAUUUUAGGUUUUAUUUUUCAAUAUUAAAUUUUCCAUUCUUGAACAUUGGUACCUCAGUGAAUAGUGAAAGAAAAAACUGUUUUGUAGGGUUGGGUGCGUCUUACAAUGAGUAAAGAUAACAAUUAAAUUGCGUCUGCCAGUGCCUGUAUAGAUAUUUGUCUUCAUCUCUUGUUUUUGAAUGCAUGCUAACUUUUCCUUUUCUUCAAGGCCUUUGCAAGCAAACUUUGUUUUUAUUUAAAUUCUAAAUUUGAUAAUAAAUUAUUUCAGAUUUUUAUAAUUUGGAUACUUUUUCCAGGUGAGUGACAGUGUGGUUUACUGUAGUAGAAGUCCCUUCUUUCCUUACAGUAAGAACUUGAGUCUGCUUGGGAAUCUUUGAGAAAUGUCUCAAAGGGGAUGAGAAAAGUUGAUGGAGCCGGGAAUUGCUGGGUUUUGGAUGCACUUUUUUUUUUUGAGAGUGAGGGAAUUUUUGGAAAAGAAUAGAAAAUUAAUGUAAAUUGGUAUGAUUUUAUUUAAUCAAAGUUAUUGCUAAGCUGUGAGGAACAGCUUUUACAAACUAGUUGGAAUUUUUUUUCCCACUUGAUUUGAAUUCAUAUUGCUUCUGUUUCUUAAAAUGCUUCACUUUUGGUUCUUGGUCUUGGAAAUAAAUUUCAAGGUGCAUUGUAUUCAUUUUAAACUGACUUUAUUUUCUUUCCACUUACGUGAGCAAAUUCUUGGGGAAGCUUUGCUUAGUUCCCAGGAAAACUCGGGAGAAAUAGCGAUUUUUUUUGGAAUGAGUUCUGUGGGUUUUCUUAAUAGCCAUCACCAUGUUCUUCAUUAGUUACAUUGUGUUUUGGCGGAUGGUUGCAAUGUAGCAAAUAUAAAGUUAAUUGCUUUCAGUUGACUCAAGAAACUUGUGAUGGAUAACUUACUUAACUGGAAAACCUAGGUACCCAUAAAAAAGAAAUUCUCUGUGAAAAAUGUUUGUAGGCAUCUGUGUUCUUUUAUCUUUAAUUUGGAUAUGUUUUCCUUCUGCUCUAGGAUUUGGUUUGAAUUUUAUUUUAUGGCUAUAAUUACUGUAUUUUUAAAAACCCUACCUCCAUUAACAGUUGGUAAAGCCCCCUUUCAGGAAAGUUUGUUGCCUUUUUUUAUUUUUUAAAGGAAAGCUGCUCCUUGCUCAGUGUCCUGUCUUGAAAGUGAACAUGGUAACAAGUAUUUUAAAAUAAAGAUACACACAUUUGGUGAAAAUUAAACCUUCCUGCUGGUGGGAUCAUUUUAUAGUUCCUUAUUUUUAAAGAAAACUUUUCCUUUCUGCUUGAUAUUGCUCUUGAAAGUUUAAUGGGCAGAAUACUGGUUACAUUAAAAAUAUCACAUACUACUCAGCUUACUAGCUGACCAGUUUGUGUGUGUUUCUGAUCAUACUUCAUUUGGGCUAUAGCAUUUAGAGGAAUGCCAAUCAUAGUGAUGUUUGUUAUUUUUUAAUAUAGAGGGAAUUAAAACAGUUCAGUACUUAACAUUGUCAAAUUUAAUCUCACCACUUUAUAUUUGACUUGUUGGCUCAUGGGUAAUGAUUGUUGAUAAACACACGUUUGUUUGACUUGCUAUGGGGACAGUUCUAAAACAGGUAUGUGCUAGAUUUUCAAUUCAUGUGUUUUUGGCAGGUUGCCAAUGAAACCAUCACUACUGACUUUUUCCCCAGAAUUGACUGGAUGUUUGUAAACAUGACCUUAACCAUGUGAUUAAAAAGUCACAUGGUUGCCAUAUUGUUCAUCUGGUAUAUGUUGAAUAUUGAUGUCUACUUUAUGUCUUUAAUGGGAUAUUCAAAAAUUUUUUACUUAAGCAGAGUAAAACAUGCUUGAUAAUCCAGCACCAGAAUUAAGUCUCCAUUCCAGCUGAAGUAGCAUCAAACAUUAAUGUACUUUUUCUUAUUGGGCUUUCAUUUUUUUUGAUAUGAUCUUAAUUCCAUUUUAAAUUGACAGAGUGAGUUCACUUGGCUAAAACUGAGCAAAAUUGGUGCAACUUUCUUUUAAUGGGGUGCUGCCUCUUUAAGACUGACUGUACUGUCAACUGACACUGGUUUGGCAGUUGAUACUGCUGAACAUUUUUAUACAUGCUACCGUGAAGCUAUGUAUGUUAGUAUUGAAGAAGCUAACGGGUAUACUACCAUUUUUGAUGUGCGGACUGAUUGUAAUUUUCCUUACAUUAGGAUGGAACUACUCUAGAGAAGUCCAUAGAUCAGAAACCAGGUGUAGUUUUUGAAGUUAAAGCCAGCAAAAUAAAAAAAGAAAAAAUUAUUUAAAAAUUGGUUUUAAUAUUUUCUGCCUAUUCCCCACAUUACCCUCCCCACUUGCUUGACAAAUCUAUGUAAAGGAGUUUCUUAGUCACAUGUUUUAACUUUACCUUGUCCUAUGUUAUGGUAUUCGGCUGACAUGUAUACGACUGGAUGUGUAUAUUUAUUAUGGUGUCUAAAAAUCAUGAAGUUUAUCACUUUCCAGGAGCAUAGAUAAAGUCACAUUGGUAGUGCAUCAGAGUUACUUUUCAGUGCACCAUGACAUCACUAAAAUGAGUGUUAUAAUGUUCCAGGGCUUUCAGGUUUGUAAAAACAUAACCAUAAAUUAUAUUUGACAUCAGAUAUGAGUUGAGUAUCUAUAAAAUACCACGUGUAUCUCAAAAUAUCGGACUGUUGUUUGAUGACUGGAUAUUGCUGCAUAAUUUUCUUCUAUUGUCCCAUAUCCUUUUGGAGAGAGAGAUUUAAUGGGAUUUGAAAUGUGCAAGCUGUCUAAAUAAGAUGCAGUCAAAUAAAGUUGGUUAAGUUGUGUUUGCAUUUUUCUUUUAGAUACAGCUGUGUGCAUUUUAUGGUUGGCUUGUUUUACUUGUAUCUGCUAAGAAACAAACCCACUCAAUCCUGUUCCCCUCUUCCUGCCUCCCAUCCAAGAGUUACUUGGAAGAACUGACAUACAGUUGUCAUCAUUCUACUUUGUGUUCUGACAAUGUAAAUUUGUAAAUAACAUGAUUUUCCUAGAAGUAUUCAGAAUUAGUUAACUCAUAUCAUAUAUCAGUACAAAUGAGAGUAUUUUUGCAUGCAUCAAACCCAAGCCCUUCUUUUGGUCCGUCUUCCAUAGCAAUUUAUUCCUAAAACAGUUUUUGUUUUAAUUUACUAUGUUUUGUUUGUAUUUAAGUAAUGUUUUUUUCCCCUUGCCAAGACACCAAAGUGAAAUGGAGCAAUAUUAAAAGGGCUUUUUGCCCUAGUCUUGUGAGAAGCUUUAAAUGGUAGUUAGGCAUGCUUUCAUAUUUCAAGAUUUAUGGGUAUUAGUAGAAUGAAGAGACCUGUUUUAAUCAUGACCCCUAAGUUACUUUCAUAUGCUUGCCAAGUCUUCACCUUGUUUUUUUAUAGUCUUGUGAAAAUACCAGUUCAUGUUUUGCAUGGGCCCUCCAUGGAAGUUGAAAUAUUUCAUGAAUUGUCUAAAUAAGGACCAGGAAGUUGAUUCUGUUCUUUCACACCUAUGAACAGAGAUCAGUAUUAACCUGUAGCCCAGAGUUAUGGUGAUACUUUUAAAUAACUUCUAAAAAAUGAGUUUGAAAAAUCUCUUGUGCAUAUUAGCACACUGCACUUUCUUCAGAUCAGCACUGUCCAAUAGCACUUUUAAAGAUAGAUAUGCUCUUUGUGUCCUCUGUUAUGGUCACUAGUCACAUAGCUAUUGAGCCCUUGAAGAGUGGCUAGUAUGAAAAACUGAAUUUUUAAUUUCAGUUAAUUAAAAUUUAAAUAGCCACAUGCAGUUAGUGGCCACUGUAUUAAAUAACAGCUUUAGAUAAUAUUUAAGUAAUAAUAAAUGAAAACUUUUUAGGUAGAAUUCGUAAGACUAUUAUCUAAUUUAUUUAAAUAUGAAACAGGUUUAUGAAUAUGCCUCUGAACAAGAGUAUAUAGCUGCACUGUUAAUGUUGACAGUUAUUUAAUUAGUACAGUAUCUGACACCACCUCUGUCCCUGCCCUCAUUAUGGUGUAGCCCUUUUGAGAAAGCCCCCCUUUUGAUUUUUAUUUGGAAGUUCACUGGGUUACAGAGAUGCACAGAUUCAAGUGCCAAAAAUUGGUUUCUGAUGAGACUGUCAUAUUUUUAGCAUUAAAACAUUUAUAUAGCUAAGCCUAAUCAUUUCUCAUUUUAGAUGAAUUUGAAAUCAUUUCACCUCUAAAUAAGAUUGUUCAGUUUGCAUUUACCAGUGGUCAAACUGGAACAUGGAGGUAUGCUUAUACUUUUUUUUUUUAAUAAUUCGGGAAGGUUAUUCAUGCUGAUGUAAAGGCCAGUUUUUUUGUUUUUGUAUAAUGAGAGAACCACAUUAAUUUUGCUGUGUUCACUGGCCACAGUGUGUGUUAUCCUUAAUCCUAGGUGAUCAUCUAUCUAUCUUGUGUUACUCAUCAAAAAGACAAGAGUGGGGAUGGUACACACUGUUAACACGACUGGGGAAAGAGCUAAAAGCACAUUUUCUGUUGAUAGCAGCCAGUUUAAACUUCCUGUGAAAAAGACCUAGGAAUAACAAAAGUGCUAAAGUGCCCAAACUAUCUUCUACCUGAAAAAGUGUAACAAUGCAGGGAUUAUAAUGUAAGGUUUUAUAAUGCUAAGAAAUAAGCUCAUUUUUAGUUACGGAUUUUCGUGAUUACCUCUUUGCUGUAUGAAUAUAUCUCAAUUUUCUAAUACCUCAGUUUCCUGAGAACCUGUAUGUAUAUUUUUGUAAAUAAAAUAAUUUACCAUAUGCUAGGGGAAGGACCUGGCUUUUAAAGAAAUUGUAUAAAGACAUUUGUUGCUAGAUUUGUUACACAAUGAAUCAAUUUGAAAUUUCUUAAAAAUGGUUUAUAGCCUUUUCUGGUCCCCUUGACUGAGGUUCUUUUUAGUAAACAUUAUUUAUUUAGUGAGAUUUGUGUACCAGGAAGUGUGUACCCUCAUGUGUUCAUUUACAACUGCAAAGAUUUGUAUAUCCUGUGUUUUCCUUUUAUGCCAAAGAAACUCACCCUUUUUAAAAGCCAGCAGGUUGAACAAACUGAAAAAAAAUUGCCCCUUAAAUAGGCACUGCUAAGUUUUAUUUGCUGAGAUUUAAAUAUUUUCUAGAGAAAAUAUACUCAAUUUUUAGUUAAAGCCAGUAUUAAUAAUUUGUAAAAUGCAUGUGUUUUUAGGAAUGCAUUGGUUCCAUUAAGGAUAGCAUGUUGACAAUUUUAAGGAACUGUGUUGCAUUAAGAUCCACAAUUGCAUGAAACUUUUUAAAGCUGAUAUAAGAUAUAAAGUAAUUGCUAAAUUUUAAGUAUAUUUGCGAACUAUUCAGGAUUCAGUGGCCUAACAUAUAGGGGAUUGAUAACUCAUCUUCAGGGCCAGAUUUCCCAUGAUUGUACAUGGUUAUUGAUCAUUUGAAAAGGGCUGAACCUGCUGCCUUAAAGCUAAACCUGCUGCCUUUAAACUUUGCUACCUCCCUCCCUCCAAUCAUGACUGUAAACAGUGACUCUUUGCACAGUCAGCUAGCAUUAUACUUGAUUUUAUUGUGAAUGCAAAUAAAAUAAAGUUUGUAAGUCCACCAA